AUGUUUCGUGCACUUACUAAAAUAACAGUAACUGGUGGUACCUGUCGAUUUUUUAUUACACAGGCAUGUUCAUAUUUAUUUAUGUGUUCUGAAUAUUUAUAUUAUUAUUAUUGUGGUCCUAUGGUGCUUGAUGCUCUUAUUAAAAUAAAAAAUGAACUUGAUCCAACAUUAGCUUUUCGUCGUUCAUGUCGUGAAGGUAUUUGUGGAAGUUGCUCAAUGAAUAUUGAUGAUCGUAAUACACUUGCUUGCAUUUGUAAGAUCGAUGAUUCCAAUAAGCCAUUAAAAAUUCAUCCACUUCCACAUAUGUAUGUUAUUAAGGAUCUUGUUCCUGAUUUUACUAAUUUUUAUAUGCAAUAUAAAAUGAUUGAACCUUAUUUAAAACGUAAAACACCUACAUCUAUUGGUGAUAAACAAUUAUUUCAAAGUGUUGAAGAUCGUAAAAAAUUGGAUGGUACGUAUGAAUGUAUUCUUUGUACCUGUUGUUCAACAUCAUAUCCAAGUUAUUGGUGGAAUGCUGAUAAAUAUCUUGGACCAGCUGUUCUUAUGCAAGCUUAUAAAUGGAUUGUUGAUUCACGUGAUGAAUAUACAAAAGAACGAUUAGAACAAUUUCGUGAUCCAUUUACAUUGUAUCGUUGUCAUACAAUUAUGAAUUGUACGGAAGCUUGUCCAAAGGGUUUAAAUCCUGGAAAAGCUAUUGGUGAAUUAAAAGUUUUAUUGGCUAAUAUGGGAACUAUGCCAUCGAAAAACUUGUCAACUGUUGGUACAGAAUAUAAAUAA